AUGAUGCUGCCUGAAAGAUGUCAAAAGGUCAUUGAUGAAAAUGGAUCGCCGUGUAAAUGCGAUCAGAUGUUACACGAAUGUCUUCGCUCUGUACACAAUAUCACUGCUAUGGAAACUGGUGUAUGGUUCUAUGACGCUAUCGGUAUGAAAUGUUACAAGAAGGACUAUCCAGUUAUACGCUGCAAGAAGAGAGGAGGCUGGUUUAAAAGCAAAUGUAUUGAAUAUGUGUUCAACACAACUGCGGAACGACGUUAUCAAUGGUUCGAUGUACCGAGUUAUUACACAAAUCCAUAA